AUGGGCAUGAGCUUCUGGAGCAGCCAGCUGAGCAGGGCUGCUAAGGCCGUGCAGACCCACGCCCGCCACCUCGUCGCCCACAACCACCGCCGCUUCCAGGAGGGGGGUUUCGACCUGGAUCUGACGUAUGUGACGGACAGCAUCAUUGCCAUGGGCUUCCCCGCUGGCGACCCCAGCUCAGGCCUUCUUGGCUUCGUGGAGGGUCUAUACCGCAACCACAUGGACGAUGUGAUGCGCUUCCUGGAGUCACGGCACAGUGGGCGCUACAAGGUCUACAACCUCUGCUCCGAACGCCUCUACGACCCCGACCGCUUCCACGGCACCGUAGCGUGCUUCCCCUUUGACGACGGCACGUGCCCGCCCCUCGCCCUCACACUCGCCCUCUUUUUCCGCCACGCCUCCCGCGCCCUCGCUUUCCCCUGCAACUCCCUCACUCCCCCCGCUCCCUCACUCCCCCCCCUCCUCCACACUUCCCCCACGCCUUCACUCCCCGUUGCAUGGGAUGGGGCGGGUGGCACCAGGUGUGCAGCACAGCAGCGGAGGCCAUAG